AUGAAUUUUACAAAACCACCGUUACCGUUCUUUGGAAAUAAGAGUAGAUGUAAAGAUAUUAUAUUGAGAGAACUUAAGAAACUACCGAAUGGUCUAACAUUUGUAGAUUUGUUCGGUGGAAGUUUCUAUAUAUCCCAUUUAUGUCAUACCGUAUUUCCUGACUCAAAGAUUAUAUGCAAUGACUUCGACAACUAUAUGAACCGUCUCAAACAUAUUCCAGACACAAACAAUAUAUUGAAAGAGUUAAAAGAAAAGAUACCUAUAGGUAAGAUGGAACGUAUACCAUUAGAUAAGAAAAAUAUUGUGAGAGAGGUUUUGAAAAAAGCAGAAUAUAUAGACUGGGAUAGUAUAUCUGCUAGACUAUUAUAUAGUGGUUCUAUAAGAGUUCAUGACAUUGAAACACUUAUGUCAAAAGUUUUAUAUCUUAACUAUACAAAUGUUUUCAAAGAGGACAUAGAAAAAUAUAU